GGGUGACCCUGGCAUUCCCACUGGGCACCGAGGUGACCCCAGCCCUCCCUGUCUCUGCCAGGGCCAUCAAGAACGGGAAGGGGCUGCACAGCAAGAAGGAGGUGCCCAUUCACCGGGUGGCCGACAUCUCCGGGGACACGCAGAAGGCGAAGCAGUUCCUGCCGUUCCUGCAGCGCGCCGGCCGCUCCGAGGCCGUGGUGGAGUACGUGUUCAGCGGCUCCCGCCUGAAACUCUUCCUGCCCAAGGAGACCUGCCUCAUCACCUUCCUGCUGGCAG